AUGCGGCUCCUCCUCCUCCUGGUCCUGGCCGUCGCGCCGGCGGCCGCCGACUGGUCGUGCAUGCGCUGCGGCUCGCUCGACGGCCGCAGCUGCAACUGGGUCAAGACCUCGAGCAAGUGCGAUAGCUCGCCCAGCGACGCGCUCACUUGCGGCGCGAUGCACAAGACACUGUACGGCAUCACAGGCUACGACGACCCGAGCCAUUGGUGCUACAAGGUUCGCCUCGUCUUGAGUCCCGUGACCGACGCGCCAGUGACGAAUGCGCCGACGACACUGGCACCAACGGCGCUGGCGCAGAACAAACGACUAGCGCCGCGUCCGACGACAGCGCUGCCGUCCAAGGCGCCCGCCACGCCAUCGGCGACCACGACCGAGGCGCCACGACCCACGACCACGACCGUGCUGCAGCCGGCCGACGCCGCCUCCAACUCGAGCGGUGUGAUGAGCACGGUGGGCUACCUCGUCUUGGCGGUCGGCGCGCUCGUCUGCGUCGGCGCGAUUGCGUUUUUUGUCCUGCGCCGACGCAAGAAGCACAAGGAGCAACUCGACUCGCUCAUGUGGGCCGAGACGCACAAGUCGCUCCACCAGAUGGAGGCGAAAGCUCAAGAGUCGGCGGGCUACUACUCGCACGAACCCGCCAAGCCGCCGCCGCCGCCAAGUGGCACGUUCUCGGCCCGCGUGACAGAGCAGUCGUGCGACAUUGAGGAUGGCUUUGACGCGUACAUGCCGGCUUUUGAUACGAUCUACAGCAACGAGAACAGCAGCUUCCUCGUCGUCGCGGCCAAAGCCGACGCCGACCUUUUGGAGGAACUCGAGCUCUGGCGCCUCGACGGAGCGCAGCUCACACUCACGGAGCAGCUCGCGCAGAGCCAAGACAAGGAGGUGUGGCGCGGCGUCUACGACGACGAGGUUGUGGCGGUCAAGAGCCUCAAAGUGCACUCGAUGGAGAACGCGACGGCCAAGUUUGUGCAUGAGAUCCAAAUUCUCAUGAAGCUCGACUGCCCCAACAUUGUGGCCAUGUACGGCGUCAUUUACUCGCCCGAGAACGUCUCGGAGAGCGUCCAACUCGUCUACGAGUUUAUGGACAAUGGCAACCUCGCGCAGUACCUCGCACGUACCCCGGUGCACGAGAUGCAUUGGACCGAGAAGGUCCGGUACGCCAUCGACAUUGUCACCGGGCUCCAGUACCUCCACGCCCGGGGCAUCAUCCACCGCGACCUCAAGUGCAAGCACGUGCUUGUCAACUCCAACAUGCAGGUCAAGCUCACCGACUUUAACGGGUCGCGCGAAACCGACGUCUUCAUGACGCAGGGCGCUGGGACGCUGCGCUGGACGGCCCCCGAGGUCUACUCUGGCAGCUCGUACAAUGUGGCCGCCGACAUUUACUCGCUCGGCAUGAUCUUCGUCGAGCUCGAGACGCACGUGAUGCCGUUCGCAAAGGAGGUGACGGCCAAAGGCCGGCCGCUCAACGACUUUGAGAUCAUGCAGCGCGUCCAGGACCAGUCGCUCGUGCCGCACUUUCCGUCCGAGAGCCCGUUUCGAGAGAUGGGGCUGCAGUGCGUCGCGUGGGACCCGCAGCUGCGUCCGACGCCCGACGAGAUUAUCACCGCACUGGAAGACGAGCUCCAGCGCGCGACCAUGUCGUUUUAG